ACGUGUGUGUGACGCGUCUGCGCGCGGGCGAUUCCGUUUUGUUUGCGGAAGUUUGUGAACGGAGGUAUUUUCAGUACUUUCUGUAACCUGCAGUGAACUGUGAUUUAUUAUACCCGCUAAAUUACCUCAAGCCUCUGUAAUUUACUCUAUUCUGCAAGAUAAACUCUGAGUUUUGAAGGUUCUCCAGUAGCUGAAGCUUGUUUAGUAGAGCUGGGCCUGAAUGGAGAUCGAGGUGGAAGUUAUUGAAUUCAGAGUUCCAGCUGAAAAUAACAAAACCAUCUUUAUCUGGGAUAUUCAGACUGGCUUUUCCGAAGCGUUUAUUUAUGAGGCCCUGUGGAGCGUGUACUCAGCUUUUGGAGCACUCUAUCUGUUGAAGGUGUGUCCCAACGCUGCAGUGGCCACACCAGGCUUCUACGCAAUGGUCAAGUUUUACUCCUCUGCCCACGCGUCCAAAGCCCAGAGAGCCACAGACAAGCAGUGUCUCUUCCAGAGCUCCCCCGUCAAAGUGAGAUUGAGCACAAAACAGAAUCCAAACUUGUUUUUUGGAGGCCAAUCCCUCAGUCAUGCCAGGUGCCAAAACCUGGCUAAUCACUACCUGGGCUUCAACGGCUGGUCUACUCGCAUAGUUACACUGAAGGAUAUCUCAAAAUGUGCAGAUGCUGGAUGGAGCUUGCACACAGCUAGUCAAGGAGAGCUGCUGAAGUAUGGCUGUGUUGCAGAGCUGACUUUCCCGCAGUACGGAGUGACGUGUCGUGGGGUUGGUGUUGCUGAGGAUGUUGUAGACCCGGAGAAAGGCUUAGAAGAAAAGCUCUGGAAAAGGGGAAGGCUGAUGAAAUGGGCCAAAGACAAAGCAGUAGUUGGAGCCUUUGAGAAAGUUUUACUAAUAGUUUUUGGUAAUGGAAAAAUAGCAGUGGAAUGUAGAAUAAAUCAAGAGGAAGUUCUACCAGAUGACGAUAUUGAGGGGGCCAUCCAGGUGAACAAUAUCUCAUGGACAGAUUUUGAAGCUGAUGGUGGGGAGGAUGAAGAUUUGCUGUGGGAUUUUACUGUAGACCUCUCUCAUUAGCCCUCACCUGCUGUAUUCCUGGUUGUGCUUUAUCUUAUCUUUACCUGGACUGCAUUAUGGAACCAUUUUGAACCGUGGUAGCUGUAUCAUGUUCAUUACCAAUAAGAAUAUAAGCUCUCAGAUGUGCUGCACAUUUUAGUAAACUUACAGUAUUUAUCACACUAUAUGGUGCACUAAAUUAUAAGGCGCACUAUUAAUAAACAUCUAUUGUCUGGUCUAUUUUUAUACAUAGGGCACACCAGAUUAUAAGGCGCAUUAUGUGACACAAGUAAGAAACAGGGGUGUCACCAUGUUUUUCCACCAAGGAUGAGUGCAGCAAUAUUAUCUUUAGUGGCUAACCGCUAGCACUAGCCCUGGUUACUGACUAAUGCUGCCCGACUACACUGAGGAACACCUGAGGGUUCUGGUAAGCCAAGGCGAUAUUAGCUAGCCAUUGGCCCCACUUAGCUUGUUUUAAACACAGUAAACGCGCAGGCUACAGGCUGAUAAUAUUAGUCUCGGAGGGGCAAAAGAGCUAGUAUGGUUAGCGGAUAAUGCUAAUGCUGCCCAAGCAGUGCUAGCCAGGGUUAGCAGCAGGCCGAUAAUACUCACCUCUGAACAUGGAAAGAGCGAGAGCUUAGCGUAGUUAGCAGGUAAUGCUAAUGCUGCUCCAGUAGCGCUAGCCAGGGUUAGCAGCAGGCUACAGGCCGAUAAUGUUUACCUCUGAAUGGUGAAAGAGCUAGCGCUUAGCGUGGUUAGUGGCUAAUGCUAAUACUGCUGCAGUCUUGAUGCUGGAAAUCUAAACUGAAGCUCCUGUAUAAAGCUGUACUUUAGCAGAAUGGCUUUACUGCUCCGUAAUACCUGACUGGUAGAAUUCAUACGUAAAGGCGCACUGAUGAUUAUUGGGAUUUUGGGAUUUUAGUUGCACCUUAUAGUGCAAAAAAAUCAGUAAGUACCAGCAUUUGUGCGUCUUUACUGUUUUGUUAUAGAAUCUAUAAAAGUAAAGAAAAAUACUCUCCUAGAUGUUUGUUUAAAAUAAAACAAUACUUUUUUUUUGGUGGAGGAGAACAUGAUGCCAAGAUGCAUGAAAACUGUGAUUAAAAACCAGGGUUAUUCCACCAAAUAUUGAUUUCUGAACUCUUAAAAACUUUAUGAAUAUGAACUUGUUUUCUUUGCAUUAUUUGAGGUCUGAAACUCUGCAUCUUUUUUUCCCUCAUUUUCUGCAAAUAAAUGCUCUAAAUGACUGUUUAUUUGGAAUUUGGGAGUAAUGUCUGUAGUUUAUAGAAUAAAACAACAAUGUUCAUCAGAUAAACUGAUUCUGAAACUGAAGUGGUCUGUUAAUUUUAUUUCUAGAGCCGUAUUUAUUCAUGUCUAAACUUGUGUUGAUUAAUAAUUAGUUAAUUAAUCAUUACUAAACCAUUUAAUGUUUAUUACUGUCGUAAGUACUGUUGGUUGUGACACUUAUUUAAAGUGCUGGCAAGUGCUGUCUUCUACAAGACAGUUGUAAAAAAUUUAAAACUGUCAAAUAUCUGUCAAAAACUCACAGAUAAGUAAUGUUUUCAUGCAUUUUUCUAAUAUUUGUUUUUCAUUUCUGCCUUUGGCAUGAUUUUCCCAUUUUUGCAUAUUCUGAGAAAUAUUAUGGUAUCCAAUUUACUUUUGUUACAAGAUGCAACAAUUUUGCAAAGAUUUUGAGGUGUAGAAAGCAUUUCAUAUUUACUAUAGUACUAAAUGGACAAAAAUGAAAUCAUAGUUUUUAUAGUAUAGACUGUUUUGUUCUAUUUAGUCUCAGAUUCUAAGAAAAUGUAACAAUCAUUGCACUGAUUUUCGUGGCUUCAGUAAAUGGGUGUCAAGUAAUAAUUAGUUGAGACAUUACUUAACCAUUUAACAAAGUUUAUUACUGUUGUAAGUGCUGUUAGUUGUGACACUUAUUGUAAAGCGUUGGCAACAAAAAUGUGUACAGUGUCUGGAGUUCACAGAGAAGAUCAGCACCCAAAUCUAGCCAGUGAUUUAAAAUUUAAUACCGUCAGAUAAUUUAUUCUACACAGUGUUUUGGAAGCCAUGCUUAUGUUAAAUUAGUGAUUUUAUUAUUGUACUGUUGUAAAUUGUAUUAUUUUUGAUGAUUGCUAGUCUAAUAAAGGAGUAUUCAUGGGAAUUCCCGUGGUGCUGAUUUACCUGGA